AUGGAUAUAACCAGAGUGGAGUCCUCUCGGAAACCCACGAUGCCCAAUCCAUCCGUGCCUCAGGCGUCCACCGUGAAGUUUAACGCUCCAGAUAGCAGAGAUUUGUAUGAUGAAAGUGGUUCACUGAAAGUGCGUCGUUCCAAUCGAGAAAUUCGAAAACCCAAAUUUGAUGACGAGAUUGUUGAUAGUAUUUCUACGGCUAAAAUAGUGCAAAGAAAGCGACCAAGUGCUGAAAGGUUGCUUCAUUCUCCAGAAGCUAUAGAUCGUUUUGUGGAAAAAACUCAGACGACAACCCGAGUGAAACUUAAUAAGAGACAAUGGCGUACCACCGAGACAAAUAUUGCAGCUCCUGUUGAAGUUAAAAGCUUUAAGAAGUUUCCAGGAAAACCUGUUUGUCAAGUGCAGUCUGUAAUUUUUUCUGAUAAAAAAAGACGUGAACGAUCUGCGAGUAAAGAAGCACGAACAAAAGAGUUAGCAACUUUAGCACCACACGCAGGAAAUCUUGGUACCGGGUUGACGGAAUCAUUGAAGAAAUGGACUGCACUAGAUGAUGUUGCUCUUAUAACCGCAGUUACUCGGGUAAGCAGUCUUGCUGCUGUUCAUGGAGCCGUUCUUUUUUCACGACCCUUUACUCGAGCUGAGAUUGAAGAAAGGUGGUAUGAAUUGCUGUACGAUGAGGCCGCUUCGAAUAUCGCAAAGAGACGAAUAGCAGAUCUUUCUGUGGAGACGAUAAGUGCAGUGCAGUCAAGGACGGUUUUCACUGUUGAGGAAGAAGAGCUGUUGUCAGUCAUUCCUUCUACGACUACCGGCAGUGAUCUUGCAGUGUUUGAGCAGGUAUUGGGACGGAAUAAAGAAGCAUUCCAUCAUGCGCGCACUGCAUCUGUCCUACAGCAACAUUGGUUGGAAAUGAAAAAUUGGGAUUUAUUACAAGAUCAAAGGAAGACCAGCAACCGCGUGCUAGAUUUUGCAGAAAUUGAACAAAGCCUAGAGUGGAAUGGUGGCUGGGAUCGUCAUAUUAGUUUCGAAGAAACGCGUUUGUGUAAAGCAGCAGUUUUGGCUGAACGUGCUUGGCUUGAAUGGGAAAAAGUACAUGUUGAAGCUGUUAAUGGAAUAUCCGACGAUUCACAAAUGGGCGAGGGUGUUUGGGGUGUUUUGAAGGGGCGUGUUGUGCGCUACUUACUGCGGGGCGAAACUAUUCUAAUAGGUCGCAACACACAAUUUCAUAGUGUUGAUAUUAAUUUGGCUCUGGAAGGACCGGUUGCAACAAUCAGUCGAAAACAAGCCAUUUUGAAAAUAACACAAAAUGAGCGAGCGAAGACAGUGGAAGUAUCUAAUGUUGGAAAGUCUCCAAUAUACGUCGACGGCAAAACGCUACUAAGUGGUGAUAAAACUAGGUUGUUUAGUAAUGGGUUGAUAGAAAUCGCCCAAAUACGUCUUCAGCUGUUCAUCGCUGUACCGAGCACUGGUAAUGGUGAAAAUAAUAGCACCGGAAGCAGCCAACAAAUUGGAACCAAACCAGCACCAGCCGAACAAUCGUUUAAAACAUUAUCAUCCGUUCUACCAUUGGGAUUUUGA